UGUCAAUCACGCUGAUCCUCCCCAAAUUUCUUAAACCCUAAUUAUAAUUACCUCAAAACACUUGAUUCUCCUUAAACAUCCCUAAACCCCCCCAAAUUUGCAACCUUCUUCUUCUCCAAAAAAAACAACCAUGUCAAAUUCCAAGUCGAUACAAGAAGGUGAAGAGAUUGAAUUACUCGAAAAAUGGGUUGAAUUUAAACUGGGCGAUGAUGACACCUUCUCAAGGUAUUGCGGGGUGGAAUUGUUCGAGCAAAUUCCAUUGUCGAAGAAAACUAAAGAUGGGUUAAGGGAUUCCAAGUUUACUCAUAUGACUGAUUUUCAGAGAGCUUCGUUGCCGCAUUCGCUUUGUGGCCGUGAUAUUCUUGGUGCUGCUCAAACUGGGUCUGGAAAAACUUUGGCUUUUAUUAUUCCUGUUUUAGAGAAGCUAUACAAAGAAAAAUGGAGUUCAGAAUUUGGUGUCUGCAUCAUCAUCUCUCCUACAAGGGAAUUAGCUAGUCAAAUUUUUGGUGUUCUAAAGUUAGUUGGAAGGCAUCAUGGCUUUAGUGCCGGUCUUCUAAUUGGUGGUCGUAAAGAUGUUGAUGAAGAGAAGGAACAUGUGAAUGAUUUGAAUGUUUUGAUCUGUACUCCUGGAAGGCUGCUUCAACACAUGGAUGAAACACCAAAUUUUGAAUGUUCUCAGCUUCAGAUGUUAGUUCUUGAUGCGGCAGACCGAAUUCUUGAUAUAGGGUUUAAAAAUGAUGUGAAUGCAAUCGUAUCACAACUUCCAAAGAAAAGACAAACCUUGCUCUUUUCUGCGACACAAACUAAAUCAGUUGAGGACCUAGCAAGGCUCAGCUUAAGAGACCCUGAAUAUCUUAGUGUCCACGCGGAAGCCAUUACUGCUACUCCCAUUGGCUUGCAGCAGACUGCUACUGUAGUCCCUCUACAUCAGAAGUUAGACCUUUUAUGGAGUUUUAUAAAGUCACAUUUGAAUUCCAGGAUUUUAGUGUUCCUAACUAGUCGCAAACAGGUAGAGUUUGUUUUUGAGGCCUUCAAAAAACUGCGCCCAGGAAUUCCGCUGAAGUGUUUACAUGGAAAGAUGAAUCAGGAGAGAAGGUUAAGAACAUAUUCUAAGUUGAGUGAGAAACGUUUUGUUUUAUUCUCAACCGAUGUGAGUUCAAGAGGUCUUGAUUUUGAUAAAUCAUUUGACUGGGUUGUUCAGAUGGAUUGUCCAUCAGAUGUUGCAACUUACAUACACAGAGUUGGCCGCACUGCGCGAUACACUGCUCGUGGGAAAGCUAUUUUAUUUGUGGAGCCAUCAGAAAGAAAAAUGCUUAAAAAAUUAAAAAAGGCAAAAAUUCCAAUAAUUGCAAAAACGAUAAACAAAGAGAAAAUGCAGUCUGUUUCUCCUCUGUUAGCUUCUAUACUAGUGAAGUAUCCUGAUAUGCAAAAAUUGGGUCGAAGAGCGUUCAUAACAUAUCUAAAGGCUGUGUGUAAAGAAAAAGAUAAACAAGUUUUUGAUGUGAUGAAACUUGGGAUUCAUGAUUUCUCGGCAUCAUUAGGUUUACCAGUGACGCCAAAAAUUCGUUUCCCAAAACAGAAAAUCGCAGGCAAAAGUUGUUCAAAACGAAGUCGAACUGUGGAAAUCGCAGACAAUUCUGCUGCUGAAAAUUUGUUGGAAACUCCAAACACAAAGAGUAGUGAAAUUCAAGUGUUUCUUUCAAGGCUCUAAGGGAUGGUUAGUCUUGGUUUGUUUUAUGAAAUUUUGGUAGAUUAUAUAUAGUGUACAUGCAGUUUUGCUAUAUUAUACUGUUAUCUUAUUAUAUGGCUGAGGAUAUUUGAAUGAAAUUUUGUUUAAAUCAAUGAAUGAGAAUUUGGUGUACAUGCAAUCCCACUUGUUUUAC